AUGGAGUGUUUCUUUAAAAAUGUCACCUGGAAGUUAUAUGAUGAAAUUCAGAAUGGAUUCAAAAUGAUUGUAACAGGAAAGUUUGAAGUAAAGCAACGUGGACUUGAAGUUGACGAACUUAAACGAUCUGAUCCAGGCAAAUAUCCAUUGCCAGAGAACUUUGAUGAUCCGUCUGAAUUUUCAGUAGCUGCAAAAAAUAUUUUUUACUUCCCAAAAGGAUUAGAAAAAUUCAUCGCUGGUGUCUUGACUUUCGGAAUGACUCAUUGUCAAUUGAAAGAGAUAAAGCAGGAAGACUUGAAAGUUUUUCGGAACUUGACAUUAUUGAACUUGAGUUUAAAUCAAAUUCAAGUCCUCGAAAAGGAUUUAUUUAAAUUUAAUCCAAAGCUGAAAGGUUUGAUGCUUGCCAAUAAUAUUAUCAAGUACAUCGAUGGGAAUGUUUUUGAUAAUUUAAUUAAGCUUCAAUUGUUGGCUCUGAUAGGGAACGACUGCAUUACUAAAAAUGUGUAUAGUGUGGUGGAUGUACAAAAGAUUAUUAAGAAAUCCAUUAGGAACAAUUGUCAAACUCACGAUGCACUGCCAAAGACAGAGAAAAUCAAAAAGACUGGAACUCAGCGUGGAAAAUAUUUUUGGAUUUGGGUUGGAUGUGGAGUUGUUGUUGGGAUCUUUGUGAUUUGUGCUGUUGCUAGGAUUGUUUAUGGAAUUGUUAAGUCAACUUAA